AUGGUUAGUCCCUUAAUCUACACAGUCUCCGUCUAUCUGACUGUCGAAAUGCAGGCAGGCAACAGCAUCACAAAGAAGACAAAGCAAGAGGACUCUGCAUCUGAGAAAAUGGCUGUAUUGCCCAGCAUCACCGACAUACUGGCAAGGGAGUCGGCAGCGCCACUCUUGCCUCUGCCUCCACUUGGCUUCAAUCAGACUUCCAACCUGCCUCGUUCUAACAGCUUUCCUAUGCUCAGCGUUGACCAACUUCUUCUGAACCGUGCUCUGCCUUACAAUGGCCCAGUUCUGGCACCACUCAAUUCUGUUACAGACGAGUCUACUUUCAGCUUUCGAGCCCACGAACAGCUUUUGACCCCUCCACUCACGGUCAGCAGCUGCUCAUCCGUCUGCUCGAUGGACUCUGGUAUCGACGCCGACGUCGACGGCGACGGCGACGGCGAUAUCGCACAUGUCCGGACACUGCUUGACCUGCCAGAACCGAAGCUCGCGGCUGCGGUUAAUUACGCUAAAGAGCUGCUACAUGACCCUGCUAUUAAGCCAGCGUACAAUCAGGGCUGGUUUAAGCCUACCUCUCCAACGAACAAGUUCAGCAAACGCAUAGAGGAACGAAUCUCUGGCAAAUCCCUGGAUGAACUGGUUGACGGGUUCUUCCGCCGCGACGAGAGCCGGGAACUCUACGGCGAGCGCGUAUCGAAACCGCGCAGACCAAUGAAGAAACUGCCCCUUAGAGAGACGCAAGGGAUGGAGGAACUCGAUCCGGAAUUGAUGGCCAAAAAAAGGAGAAGACAAGAAGCAGACGAGGCACACCGAAUUGCUGAAAACGACAGGCGAGACCGCCAUCGAGAGUCUCAAAUGGAAAGUCAUCGUCGAUGCCCCGAUUUGGCGGCAGAAUGUGGCGCAGAGCACGCAAGGGCUGAGAAGAAAACCAGAAUCCAAUCAGGCAAAGGCCCCGGCAAAGACGAUCAGCUCUGGACAGCCAUAUACGCCCAUGAAAUGGCAGGAAGAGUAGUGCAGACGGUCAAUGACCGACGCAAACAAGCGGAAAUGGUGGUGCAGUUGCUAUUACAGGCCCUGAUCCGACAGCAAGACUUACUGGAUAGUGCUCGACGAAGCCCAAGCCAAUGUGACUCCUCCUACGAGACAGUUCCCUCCCCGCCGGGGUAUGUUGGGCGCAAGAGGACGCGGGAUGACAGGGAGCGAGACUAA